AUGGCGAUCUUGUUGACACUUGCCCUGUUCUUGGGUUUGGCCGCCGAGGCCACCUCCCUCCAAUGUUACAGCUGCCACAAUUUCAACCAGAACUGCACACUGAAAGCCAACGGUUGUAAUGACACCCUGCACCAGACCUGCCGCAGUCUCACUGUCCGUGAGAAAGGCCGAAGCCACGACCACGAGUACAUCGUAAACGGAUGUGGGCACUGCCUGGGUCUCAUUACCUUCAAUAGUGGCCCCUACUCGGCCUUCCUGCACGCUACCUGCUGUAACUCGGACCUGUGCAACGAUCAAGUGGAACCAGAGAAAGAGAACAAGGUCCCGAACGGCCUGGAGUGCGAGGGCUGCUUCGCGUUAACGGAGGCAGGCUGUAACCGCUCUAUGGCCGCGGUGAAAUGCUACGGGCAACAGGACCGGUGUAUUCAUACGUCGGGCAACUUGCACUGGUUGGACAACUCUACUUACGUCUUGAAGGGUUGCGCGUCCCACUAUGUCUGCCACAACAAUAACUCAAUCUCCGUCUUCGGCCUGGAGCCCAACACUGGCUUUUACUGCUGCCAGGGUGACCGGUGUAACCUGGAGUUUCGGAACCUGACACGGGACAGCACAAUGGCACUGAACACCGUCAAUGCAGCCACUUCCCUUGGCACCCAGAGUCUCCUACUCAUCGCCCAACUGCUGAUAUUGAGGGUUUCUGAACUCUAGGAUGCAACGUCUCAGGGGAACAAGUGGGAGUGGGUGCUGAGUUCCUUGCCUAAUGCAAUGGAGGCGGCUCUGGUGGGGAGUGGGGAGGGAAUGGCAGUCACUUCAGGAUUCAUAGCCUCAAAUCCAACCCCUCCCUCCCUCCUCUUUCUCUCCCAGUUAUCCUCUCUGCAUCCCUCCCUUCCACCCUGUCAAUCCUGAACUCAACCCACUGUCCCACUCUCUCCAUGACUCCAUGUUUAAAGCUAAUCCCAUUGCCCUCCCUCUGUCAAUCCCAAUCAAAUCCCACUGCCCCGCUCUCUCCCCACCAGCUGUGCUUCAGUCCACAAACCCAGCCCACUACCCCACUCUCCCUCCACAGCACUGUCAGUCCCCAAACUAAUCCCACUGCCCUCUGUCUCUUCACAUCACUGUGUCAGACCCUAAUGGUCUCAUGGCCUAACCCCAACUAUUCUCCUUCAUUCUCUCUGUCUCCCCUUCUCUGUUUUCAUCUCAGUGUGAUACGAACAUGAAUAAUAUUUGAUUUACUUUACGUAAAUAAACAUGUGAACCUUGG